AUGGACGGCGGCCAUGGUAAAACGAAAAUUGUUGUUGAGAUCAAGGCAAGACAGUCUGCGGUCCUCACUUCUCUUCGACUUCGUCACCGUCCCUGGGACCAUCUUUCUAUCAAAUUGGCCUCAUAUUCUGUAACGUUGAGACACUACGCGGAUUUUCUUAAUCCCCUACAUGUUGCUGCGCACUGUGGCAAUGUCAAAGUCGCGCGUCUUCUGUUGGACAAUCGCAUCGACAUGAACGCCCGUGCCUUGAUCUACCCACCCCACCCGCCCGGGGAAGGUUUUGCUGAGUUCGCUCUCUCGUCCUCUGGCUCCCCGAUAGUCUUCGGCUUCUGUAUCUUU